ACCAUGAGAGAUGCGCGUUGCAUUGUGGGGAUAUAAAUACAGCGCAGGACAGCGGGGAGCACAAAGGAAUGAAAACAGCACCUCAAAACUUUUAACUUCAACCUAGUGUGAUGUGAAUUAAUGUGAGCUUUUAUUAAACUGUGAGUUUUGGCGGCUGGCAGGCUGACAACUGCCUGAGAAGCGCAGGGAAUGUGAGUAAUUGGAGGGAAGCGGCAGGGCGCACCGCUGUCUCCGACUAUCGCUGCUUUUUGUCAGCUGAGCUGUUUGCAUCCCGAGGCCCAGCCGAUAUAACGGGCCUCAUCAGAGAAGGACAUAUUUCCUGUACCCAGUCAUAAACUGACCAUCAUGGGGGUCAAAACCUUCACCCACAACUCAACCUCCCACAGCCAGGAGAUGCUGGAGAAGCUUAACGCUUUGCGCAAUGAGGGUCACUUAUGUGAUGUCACCAUUCGGGUCCAAGACAAGCUCUUCCUGGCCCACAAAGUGGUCCUGGCCUGCUGCAGUGAAUUCUUCCGCUCCAAACUGGUGGGCCGGCUAGAGGAGGAGGACAAGUUUGUGUUGGACCUUCAUCAUGUGACCGUUAGUGGCUUCGCUCCUCUGUUGGAAUAUGCCUACACGUCUACCCUUUCUAUUAGCACAGAAAAUAUAAUAGACGUGCUAGCAGCUGCAAGUUACAUGCAGAUGUUUGCUGUUGCUAGCACAUGUUCGGAGUUUAUGAAGUCUAGUAUUCUGUGGAGCCCGAGUAACAACAGCAACACUAACAACAUUACAGCAGAUAAACCACAUGAAUCAGCACCAGAGAGCGCCUCAUCAAACUGUGCCCUGACGCCGUUGGAUGGCAGCGUGUCACCUGUUUCGUCUGACUGCAGCGUGAUGGAGAGAAACGUUCCUGUAUGCCGUGAAUCACGACGCAAACGGAAAAGCUUUGUAACAAUGGCAUCGCCAGAGAGUCCGCUCAAAUGCACUACACAGAUGGUCGCAACCUCCCCACAGAUCCCCAACCCGUCCCCUUCAUUCUCAGACAGCACAGCCCAGCCUGUGGAGUCCUCCCUGGCCUUCCCGUGGACUUUCCCGUUCGGUAUUGACCGAAGGUUCCACUCAGACAAAUCAAAGCUCCCAGAGAGCCCUCGUUGCUUAGAGCAGGGCACCCCAGGGACCUCCGAGGUGAUAGUCGGCCGACGGCUCAGUGACUUCCUAACGUGUGAAAGCUCCAAGGCGGCGUCGUCGCCAGUGCCGGCAGAGGAGGAAGAUGUGAGGGUGAAGGUGGAGCGUCUCAGUGAUGAGGAGGUCCAAGAGGCAUCCUCGCAGCCCGUCAGUGCCUCCCAGAGCUCGCUGAGUGACCAGCAGACGGUGCCAGGGAGUGAACAGGUCCAAGAGGAGCUCCUCAUCAGCCCACAGUCCUCCUCUAUAGGGUCAAUGGAUGAGGGAGUGUCUGAAGGCUUGCCGUCAAUGCAGAGCACCUCUAACACUGGAGGACACGCAGAAGAUGAUGAAAGGUAUCAUGAUUUGUUUCAACUUGCAGCAAGGUUAGAAGGUAUUCAGUACCCAUACCACCUCUAUAUCAGCCCCUCAGCCAGGCCCGGGACCAAUGGCCCCGACAGGCCCUUCCAAUGUCCAACCUGCGGAGUCAGAUUCACACGCAUUCAAAACCUGAAACAGCAUAUGCUCAUACACUCCGGCAUUAAGCCUUUCCAGUGUGACCGCUGUGGGAAAAAGUUCACACGGGCCUACUCCCUAAAGAUGCAUCGGCUGAAGCACGAAGGUAAACGCUGUUUCCGGUGCCAGAUUUGUAGCGCCACAUUCACGUCCUUCGGUGAAUAUAAGCACCACAUGAGGGUCUCCCGACACAUAAUCCGCAAGCCGCGGAUUUAUGAGUGCAAAACGUGCGGGGCCAUGUUCACCAACUCUGGCAAUUUAAUUGUACACCUGAGGAGUCUGAACCAUGAGGCAUCCGAACUAGCAAACUACUUCCAGAGCAGUGAUUUCCUCGUGCCCGACUACCUGAGCCAAGUACAGGAAGAGGAGGAGGCGCUGGGAGUCCAGUAUGAGCUAGAGGAGUCAGAACAUCACCCCGUCUACCCGGGCAGCACCUCCACCACCACUGCAGCAUCGUCCUCCUCCUCAGUCCAGAUGCCCGUCAUCUCCCAGGUCUCCUCCUCUACCCAGAAUUGCGAGAAUUCCUCCGGCUUCCUUUCACCCGAGCCCCUGGACCCCCUGGAAGCCCCAACCUCCCUCAAGAUGGACGCCGAUGAGACGGCCGCCAUGACGGAGGACACCAAGUUGGACAACAGUGUAGUCGGCAGUUCCCCAGAGGUGUUUGAAGAAGAGCAGCAGCAUGCCCAGGGCAAGGAGCUGGCUUCCAUUACCAUAGAGUGAUUCAAGCCUUCUGCUUUCCCACCAUGUCUUAUUUUGCAGUCAUGUCAUAUGGGAAUAUCUAUUGAAAUGCUUUUGCCACUAAAAGGGAUAACUUGGACAUGUGCACAUGUUGAAACCUCAUCAUGUGAAGCGAUCAAGACGCCAUGAUUGAAGUUUUCUCAACACGUCCACACGCAACACAGAUGCACUUAUUUGAGUUCAUGUUUUACAA